CAAUGCCAUGUCCGUGGAGGAGGGGGCGGCGGGGGCCGCCGCUGAGGAGGGCGAGGGCUUCUCCUACCCCUACAAGCCCAUCUUCAGCACCCAGGGGCCGCCCCUGGCCAGCCUGCAGGACAGCAACUUCCUCACCGAGGCUGACAUGGUCAUGAGCUUCGUCAACUUGGUGGAGCAUGACAGAGAGUUUCACCAUCAGCGCUGCCACUACCGAGAGUUCAGGUUUGAUCUCUCCAGAAUCCCAGAGGGGGAAGCGGUGACGGCUGCCGAGUUCAGGAUAUAUAAAGAUUACAUCCGCGAACGCUUCGAUAACGAAACGUUCCAGAUUAGUGUCUACCAGGUACUCCAGGAGCACCCGGGAAGGGAUUCAGAUUUGUUCCUGCUCGACUCUCGAACAAUCUGGGCCGCAGAAGAAGGGUGGCUGGUGUUUGACAUUACUGCAACCAGUAAUCACUGGGUGGUGAAUCCCCAACACAACCUUGGCCUGCAGCUAUCUGUGGAAGGCAUCGAUGGGCAAAGCAUCAAUCCCAAACUGGCGGGUCUCAUUGGAAGGCACGGCCCGCAGAACAAGCAGCCGUUCACGGUAGCCUUCUUCAAAGCCACCGAGGUCCAUCUCCGCAGUAUUCGCUCCACGGGAGGGAAGCAAAGGAGCCAGAAUCGAUCAAAAACGCCAAAGAACCAGGAAGCUUUCCGGGUGUCAAACAUCGCAGAGAACAGCAGCAGCGACCAGCGACAAGCCUGCAAGAAGCACGAGCUCUACGUCAGCUUCAGGGACCUGGGGUGGCAGGACUGGAUCAUCGCUCCGGAGGGCUACGCUGCCUAUUACUGUGAAGGAGAAUGUGCUUUCCCGUUGAAUUCGUACAUGAAUGCUACAAAUCAUGCCAUUGUACAGACACUGGUUCACUUUAUAAACCCAGAGACUGUGCCGAAACCCUGCUGUGCUCCUACACAACUCAAUGCCAUCUCAGUGCUCUAUUUUGAUGACAGCUCCAAUGUUAUCUUAAAAAAAUACAGGAACAUGGUGGUACGAGCAUGUGGCUGUCAUUAGAUUUGUAGGAAAGAAAAAAAAAAAGUUAUUUGUAAAGAGUGGUUUUGUAUGGCUGUGUGGGGGAGGGGAAAAGGUUAGCACUCCAGCAAUGGGUUUAAAAAAAUCCCAAAUGGUUUUUAGGACCAGGCUUCUGAAAGUUCAGACAAUGGAACAGUUUCUGGAUCUAAGUGGCAUUUGAACACAUUUUGUUUUAGUUUAUUACAGACAAUGAGCUUGUAAACUGAAACGAGCCAGAGAAACCAUUUAAAACCAAAUCUGCCUACAAAAUUGGCUCCUACAAUACAUACUUUUGCAAAUGAGUCUUUCUGAAGAUUGCAAACUCACCAGUGUUGACUGUGAGUUAAAAAAUAAUAAUCUAUCCAGGGUGAGAAUGUGCUGUGACUAAUGCGUGUGUAGUUCCUGUAACACAGUUUGCAAUAAAAUAAGUGAACAAAA